AAAUUCCUUUGGGAAUCAAUAAGCACUUCUAGAGGCAAGAAAAGCGGCUCACAUUUUAAAAUACGUUCAUGGUUUGGAUAAAAAACGAGCAACGGAGAGUACCAAAUGUCAAGAAAGGUAACAGACAUGACUGCAAAGAACAUCAUGAUGAGUUUUCAGUUGUUCGAGGGGAUCCGAACGGAUGAUGGUGUAUUAGAGGCAGUGAGAGCCAUACCUAGCUUGUGUUUGGACGGAGAGCUAAACUGCAUGGAAAAUAGUCCAUCGUCAAUAGGUGGAUAUGUUUUAUUAUCGACCAACCAGGAGGGGAGUCACGUGGUGAUUCAUUGCUAUAAAAAUGGUUUGAUAACAGUAGAUGUUCAACAUUUUGAGGCAGAGAAAAGUCAAGACACCUUACUUGACAAAAUUACGGUCGCAAAGACGUUGGAGAUGAAAGUUCGAGAGUCUCUUGGAGAUCUCUGCAAGUACAGUAGAUGUUUGCCUGGAGAAAUAAAAAGAGGGGAGAUAACUCCAUAUUUUUCCUCAGGAAGUGACAUCCUUUUUGAAUACGAAAACCUUAAGCUAAUGUUCGAGAAAGAUUCUAAGUGGCAGAACAUCAAAAUAUACCACAACCCUGAUGUUGGGCAUUUCCUGUGUUUAGAUGACGAUAUAAUGAUCGGCGAGAGUGAUCUUAUUUACACGCAGACGUUACUGGGCAUCAAUCGCAAUGACUUUAGAGAUAAAACAGUUCUGAUUCUGGGAGGGGGAGAUGGGGGACUGUUGUAUGAAUUACUGAAGGAGAAUCCCAGACACGUGCUGAUGGCUGAGAUUGAUGAAGAUGUUGUGCUGGCUUGUAGAACUCAUAUGCGCAUAGUUUGUGAAUCGGCAAUGGAUUCAUUUGAAGGACCUAACUAUAAGAUUCUGUUUGAAGACUGUUUGAAAGUUCUUCAGGAAUGUCAACAAGAGGGCCGAAAGUUUGAUUACGUCAUCAAUGACCUCAGCGAAUAUUUCAUCAACGCAAAAAAUACGAAGUUUGCUUAUGAUUUUGAAACAACAUGCAUAAUUUUAGAGCUAUCUUUGAAGAUCCUCAAUCAACAUGGAAAAUACCUGUCACGGGGCAACUGUGCAACUGACACUGAAUUCCUGCAUACGUAUGAAGAUGUUAUCAGGCAUCUAGACAUGAAGUUUCAAAAGUCUGAGGUGUACGUACCGUCAUUCAAGGAGAACUAUUGUUUAUACGAAGUUUGGAGAGAACAAGAAACAUGAAUGGAAUAGAUGUCUGUUAUAUAAAAAGGGGCUAGUGAAUAUAAGAUUGACUGAUAGAAACAAAAGUAUAAAGACCCUGUUAUUAUCUUUCUUCCAUUGGCAUUACAUUCUCAAAAUGUUAGAUAUUUUGGAGAUGCAAGAAUAAGUAUGGCUAGUGCAUAGAUACUGUGAAAUCACUAAUUUUCGUGGGGUUUUAAUUUUCAUUGUUUUAGAGGUAUAAAGAGACUCACUAAUGCAUGACCACCACGAAAUGUAAAAUGUUAUAUACGUAACUACUAAAAAAAUUCAUCCACGAAAUCAAACCCCCACGAACCAAUACUGUUUCCUCAAACCACGAAAAUUUGACCCCUCAAAAAUAUGUGAUUUUACAGUAGUCAGUUUUGAGCUCUUAGGUCAAGUGCAGCAUACAGUACCACUAUUAAAUUUAAAGGAGAACGGCCCUUGGUUCAUUAAGAGGAUAUUUAUAACAAUUUUCUAACAAUGUUUGAAUUAAAAAUAAAAUACAAGCAAUUUUUU